CUCAUUUUGGCAUCAUCUGUUCUCAUAUUAUCCGCUGCUGGUGUGUUCCGUAUUCAUUCUCCUGACGACCCCUCCCACCGCUACACGCAACCCGACCUGCAGGUGAACAGUUCAGCCGCAGCUUCCUUGUUUCCGUCUGACACUUCGGGUGUAUACUCUCAGUUGGUAAAAAGGGAAUUAAACGCCAAAAACAGCGUUUUAAGUUGUCUGUAAGAAAUCUGGACGCGGUCCUGCAUCGCGUCCGGGGAGCGCUCCUGGAUGUGGAGCUGAAGGCAGACGAGUUGCUGGAUUGAAGAGGCAGCAGUGUGGGCGUCAAGUCAAUUCAAACCCUUCCACUAGCAAGGUGAAUCAACCUGACAUGUGUACACCCAGUGAGACGGUAACCUGAGAUCCCAUCCUGAGGGAACACCAGGAUGCAUCCCACUGCGUCACACCUUUCAGGCAGGCCCGAUGGAGGCAGACGUUGGAACCCUGCCUCUUCAGCCUUUCUCCUCUCUGUGUGUCUUGGCUUCCCAUCCUUUGUGGCGACUUGCCCACUGUACUGCCUUUGUGCCAGUGAUAUCAUUUCCUGCAGCGGUCGCAACCUGUCCAUGUCACACUUUGACCUCCCAAGCUAUGCCACACGGUUAGACCUGAGCCACAAUGCCCUUACUGUCCUGCCUGUGGACUGGAUUUCUCAACCGUUUGACCGGCUUGUUACACUGGUUCUCAGCAGGAACUCCAUAAGUCAAAUUGAAGUGAAUGCUUUUGUUGUGACGCCACGUCUUCUCCAGCUGGACCUCUCUUUAAACCAACUUACAGUUCUGAACACAUCCAUCUUCACUGGGCUGAAGGAACUGAGAGAACUGCUGCUGUUUGGCAACCAGAUCAUCCAGAUUAACCCAGGGGCCUUCAGCGAUCUUUACAGCCUAAAGAGGCUCUACUUCUCUGGGAACAGACUAGUGGAUUUCCCCUUUGGCCUCUACUGGGAACCUGGAGGACCUCGUAACCUGAGCUUUCUGGAUCUUUCAAACAACAAGCUCUCAAAUGUUUCCGUUCAGAGCCUGCUGUCUCUCAGCCAGAAAAGUGGAAUUUAUUUGCAGGAAAACCCCUUGAUUUGUGAUUGCGCUUUGCUUGCCAUGAUGGAGUACUGGAUUUGGAAACAGUAUCGCCCCAUGGUGGACUUCAGAGGUGAAUACCCGUGUAGAGACAAUGUGAGACCAGGGUCUAAAUGUAGCAAGCAAAUAGCAUCUGGUAUGCCCGCUGAGGCCAGGACGUACCAAGUAGAACCUGGAAAAUGGUUAAGAGUGCCAUGUCCAGGGUUUGCUUCACUAGUCCAGGAAGGACUUGAGGUGUUCUGGGUUACUCCGACGACGGUGGUGAAUUCAUCUACUCAUGAUCCAAAUGCUCGCUUAAAAGUUUUCCACAAUGGUACCAUUGAAAUUCAGAGAGCAUUGAUCGAAGAUUCUGGAACUUAUGGGUGUGUUGCAGUGCGGGGGCGGGACUACCGACCCACUGAGUUUCCAGAAGUCCAUGUGGUGGUUGGAAACUCAAGCACUACCUCCUCCAGUGGCUUUACAAACCGCAGCGGUGCCGAGCACUUCAAUACAGCAUUCACCACCCUGGCCUCCUGUGUGAUCAGCAUUGUCCUAGUUCUGCUCUACCUCUAUCUCACUCCCUGUCGAUGUCGGGAAAGCCGGGGUGGUGGACCUAGACGGUCCGGAGCACGAGCCCUCAUUCUGUGUUCUGACCCCAGAGAGGUAGAGUCAGAACAGCGGUCAAACGGAAAGAGGGUUGCAUUCUUGGAGCCUCAGUCCGAGGACUUGACUGAUAUUGGUAGCCCAAAACCACCAGCAUUGAACAUAGGUCAUGCUGCCACUGAGGGAAUUCUUAAGAAUGGAAGUAGGACAGUGGAUCAGACUCUCACAGACCCUGCUCAAAUGGCAUAGCAGGGAUAGUUUUGCGCAUUCUUACAGUCAGGACCCAAGAAUUUCUUCACUGUCUUGUUUCAGUACACUAUGGAAAAAUCCAUUUGGAGUGAGGUAGUGCUCUGUGAUUAUUGUGAGGUCGUUUGUUGUCUUGGGGAUGGGUGUUUGGGCGUCGAAGGCAGAAAUGCGUUCAUUUUGUCGACUUAAAUAUCAAUUUUGUCUCAACUGUAAGUUGUGUCAGUUCUUUUAUAUUAGGAGUUCAUAUGGAAAUGUCCCUGUCAAUGAGGGAAAUUGUUCCUGCAAAGAUCACACGGAUCAUAUUCAUGUGGGUGGCGUUUUAGAGAAGGCUCUGGGAAAUAUUCACACCUGAUUUGAUAAACUGCAGGAAGCACUGAUGGUUAUUGUACAAUCUAUACAUUGUGAAUACAGCCAUCAAAGUGACCCUUGUUAUUUCUAACCAUCUGUGUCUGUACUGUAUAGCUUAUCAUUUUUAAAAUGUCUGUUGUGUGUGAAAAUAUCCGACCUUCUAGGCUGUGUCUGCAAACAUCUGCAUUAAAUUGUUUUAAUCAAACUUA